AUGGAGUCCUACGAACAAGCUUACAACAACAAUUUGAAAUACGAAUUAAAAAACGAUUUCUACAAUUAUCAAGAAACAAAUUCGAAAACUCAAAAAACUGACGAUUCAAAUUACAGAUUGAAAAUAGACGAUAGUACUAAUUUAACAACACCAUUCUCAGUGAAAGAUAUAUUAAAUAUAAAUCAAAAUUACUACGAACGAAACGAUAUGUGGAAGAAUGGAAGAGAAAAUCGAGUUGGUGACUUCGAACCUGUAUACCAUCAGAACCAAUAUUGCCCGGAUUACGUCACGCAAGUGUACCAUAACAUACCAGGACAUAACAUGGAUUAUUGGAAUACAGAAGUAUACGAGCAUAAAGGAGAUGAAUAUUACAAUUAUAAUCAGUAUUACCACAACUUCUAUCCUCAUGAAUAUCAAGAAGUACCAACAAUAUCUCAUACAGGAGAAAGUUCGAAACAUGAUAGUGUUGAGAGAAACCCUCCCAGUGUGAUGCCUUUAGCUCCAGUAUCAGACAAAAUUCAACAACCAAUAAUUCAGAAUUUCAAUAACUACCCAAAAACGGAUGUAUUAGAAAAUUUCACCGCUAUAUCGAGGAAAACAAAGGCAGUACCUAACGGGAAAACAGACAAAAAGGAUAAGAAUACGAAAAGAAAACCCAGAAUUCUCUUCUCUCAAACACAAGUUCAUGCUUUGGAGAUACGUUUUCGUACACAAAAAUAUUUAACAGCGCCAGAAAGGGAGCAAUUAGCAAAAACUUUAAAUCUAUCACCAACACAAGUGAAGAUAUGGUUUCAAAAUAGAAGGUACAAAAGUAAAAGAGUAAUUGCACCAGAAGUGUCAACAUCAACUGAUGCGAAGCCAAGCAAAAGUUCCACUGGACGAAAGUUAUACAAACCAGAGACUGAAGUGAAUCAAAUUAAACUAGAAAAUUAUGAAACUACGAAAACUGAAUCUACAAUUUGUGAUACGAAUAUGCCGAUUUAUUUCGACGAUAGUCUAAAUUAUGAUAAUGUAGAUGAUAAAUAUUAUAGAAAUUCAAAUUUGGAACAGAAUGUUGAAAUAACAUCGAAUUACACGAAUGUUAGAGAAACAGAUUACACGGAACAAAAUGAUAUUAAGAAAUUUUAUACUAUGAAUUAUGUUUGUUGA